ACAAAACAAGCGCCCACUCCCCGUCGUUAUUGGCGUCGCUGCCGGACCCCUGAGAGAUGACCCCAGCCUAACAUUAUCCUCACUUGUCACUGCACAAACUCAAGAUGGAUUGGAACAAUCGCCAGCAAAUUUUGCAAAAAUGGCAACCGUUUGACCUGCAACAGAUGCAGCAGAUUCAGCAGCAACAACUGCAACAGCAACACCAGUUACAAGCACACCAACAGCAGCAACAGCAACAACAGCAGCAGCAACAACAACAACAGCAUCCACAGCCACCACCUCCACCACCACAGCAACAGCAGCCACAACCUCAACAACCACAGCCACAACAAAUGCCUCAGCAGCUCCACCCUCCACCACCACCUAUCCCACAAGUAGCUCCUAAAAUAAGCAGAACUGGAGGGUCAGCAACUCCACACUGUCUUGUGUGUAAUGUCCACCUUGGCAUGUUUGCCAAGGGUGGUAUGGAAGUCUUCUCAGAAAAGGUCAUCACAUCCUUAGGUAAGAUGCAAAUUCAUAAUGUCCUGGGCUCCAUCAUAAACCAGGAACUGAAUGCUGCUACUGUUCACUCCAGCAUUGUUUGUAAGAAGUGUUUCAAACUUCUGGAUGACAUUGAUGCUUUGGAAGGUCAACUGGUCAGCAUGAAACGGGUAGUGUCUAGUAAGUACACAAUGACAUUGGCUUUGGUAAAAAAAGGACUUGUUGGGAAAGCUGUUUUGGAAGAACCUUCCAAACAGCCUACUCCUCCUCCCCCGAAACCAAAGAAGCCUAUGAAACCUCCCUCAACAGGUAAGGGUCCAAAGCCUAAAGUCACUGGCAGAAGGGGCAGGCCACCUAAAGUGGGACGACCACGGAAAGCUGGUAGAUUAACAGUCAAGUCUGGUAAGCUGGUUUUGAAAGGUGUUGAUGAGAGUUUAGCCCCAGAAGUUGAAUUGAAAGAGGAACAUAUCACAUCAGAUGAAGAAGAUAACAUUCAGGGGGAUCAAGAAGAAGUAGAUGAGACAGAUGAUGAAAAUGGAACACAUAACUGUACUCUAUGUGGAAAAGUAUUCCAGUCUAGGACUCUCCUGGCAGGACAUAUAGAAUCACACGGACUUAGUAGUGAAACACCUAAAUGUGAUAUGUGUGAAAAAAGUUUCUUGACUACUGAUAGCUUGAUUAAGCAUAAGAAAUUGCACAAAGGGAAAAAGAAAAAUGGGAAACGAAAGCCAGGUUGUCAAGCCUUUGACAUUACGCACAUUAAGCAGUUUAAGUGUCGACAGUGUAGUAAAGUGUUUACAACUAAGAGCAAAGCAGAGGACCAUGAAAGAACUCAUACUGGGGAGAAGCCAUUUGAAUGUGACAUUUGUGGAACAUGUUUCCGUCAGAAGAGUAAUUUAUCUUCACAUAAGAGGGUGACACAUCUCCAAGAAAGAAGGUACAAAUGUGAAUUAUGUGACAAAGCCUUUAAAUGGAAAAGAUUAUUAAAUGGUCAUAUAAUGAGUAUUCAUACAGGUGAACGACCUUAUAAGUGUGAAUUUUGUGAUGCUGGGUUUGUCUAUCAGCAGCAUUUUAAGAAACAUAUGAGAAUACAUACGGGAGAAAAACCUUUUAAGUGUGAAGUUUGUGGCAAGGCAUUUAAUUCAUCAAAUAACUGCAGGGCCCACAUGUUUACUCAUUCAGAUAAAAAGCCAUAUGAAUGUACUCUCUGUGGUGCAGGAUUUAUGCGUAAGCCUCUAGUGCUCUCACACAUCAAGCAGCAUGGUCAUUUGGAGAAUUUGGAAGGCUAUGUUAAAGCAAAUGCUCCCACAGCAGCAAUAACUGCAGGGGAAGGUGGCAGUGGAGUCAACAAUGCUAGAACCACAGUUUCUAGUAGUAUUAUCCGCAGGAGAAAAUUGAGCCGCGAACCUACCCAUGGUGGAGUGAUGCACAUACCUCAAGGGCCUCCACAACCCACCCAGGAACCUAUACCUCAUUUUAUUCUGCCUAAUAAUGAUAAUAGAGAACCACCAAGUGCAGGAGAAGCCAUGGGCUACAUGUUUGGCACUUUUCCAGCUCAGGGUACAGUAGGUCAUUAUCCACCUCUAAACUUGGGUCAGUGGUGAUAAAUUCCACUGCUCUUUGCAUAAUAUAAUCCUUCCACCUGAAUACUCUUUUAUCAAGGGAAUGAUAGGUAAUGAAUCUUAGCAGUCUACCAAUCUAUUUGUAUUGUGAUUGUUUUAUUUAAACCUUUAUUCCCAUACAUUUAGUUGGAUAUUUGAUAUAACAACAAUAUUUUGUGACUUUGAAUAGAAAUGUGAAGACCGAUUUACCUUUAUCCAAUUGGUUUUUUUUUGGAUGUCUUUGUUCGGAAUUAUAUUAUCAUGGUGUAUUGUUUUUCUGGUGGAGGUCAUCAAUAUCAGGCCUUACAUGAAACACAAUUUUUUAUGAAUUACUGUAUAUGAUGGCCUUACCAAAACACAUUACAGUACUAGUUUGGGGGAAAAUUUUACCAGUAAAAGUAAGUCUUCAUCUGACAUUAAAGUGGAAAAUCAAUAAGUGCAAAAGAUCAGGAAGUACUGUACGGUAUACUGUAUAUUACAGUAAACAUCUUUGCAUCAUUUAAUGUACAUGGAAAUAAAAUUUAAAAUAUUAUUUUCUUAUCCAAAUGGUUUAACAUUAAUGACCAGGUUGUUAUUAUUAUCAUAUGUUGUGACAUAGUGAUGGGCAUUUAAUGAUGAAAUAAUGAGGGUGUGUGCUAUUGGAUGGUAAUGUAUGAGUGGUAACUUGUGUGCUCUAUCUUGUUUUAUCAUUAUACAUGUAAAUGAUUCUUACGUUGUAUUAUGGACAUUUCAGGUAAAUUAUUUGGUACAGAAAAAACUGUUUAUAAUUAAUAGCUACUAUUGUAAUAUGUUGCCUUUUUUUCUAAGAUUUCUUGUAUAUAAAACAGUCUAACAAUUUUUACAAAACAGUAUAUAAAUUAGAUUUCCCUACCUAAUUCUUACAUAUUCUUUGAACAGAGUAUAUAAGAAACUUAAAACUGGCUGCUAAUAAAGAUAAUAAUAAUUAUAAGGAUGUCACCUGUACCACUGACAGCCAUCAAGUCAUGCUCAUGAUUCCUGGUGAAUAUCUAGAUACCCGGUAGUUGUCAUAAAUUUGACUCUGGCCGUAUAUAACAAUACUGUACUGUAGUAGUGCUGUAGUUAAGAGCAAGUUAUAAAGUGUCAGAAUAUA